AAGGGAUGAAUCUAUCCAGCCUUUCUAGUCACAAGCUGUACCCAGAUAUCCACUUUCUAGGUGCAGCUUUGUCCCAUCCUCUCCUCUCCCAAUUCCCAAAAGCACGUUUUCCAGACCAGGCAGAGGGCUAGACCUCUGUGGGGGCACCACGGCUUCACAGGGCCUGUUUCAACACGGUGAGACUGCCGUGGCUGCAGACUAGGCAGGGCUGAGGGCCUUCACCCCACGGGCUCCUCACACCUUCCCUUCUUGCUAAUGUGCACGCUUGUUCCCAAAGGUGGCUGAAGCCAUGGAGAUCAUGCUAAUAGCUGUUGUGUCCCCCCUCAUCCGAUGUGAGUGGCAGCUUCAUGACUGGCAGGUGGCUCUAGUGACGACGGUGAGUGACUUGUGCUCCCCCAUGCAAGUCAUCCACCACAAGGGCAGUGUCUGCAGCACCACCAGGCUUCAUAACAUACAUUUCCCAAUAGACCAAAUAAAUUCCAAGGCCUCCUCUCAGGGACAGGCCACAACUUUAAAAUUCCAGGAAGCAAGCUGUCAUGAGCACACAUCCAUGCCCAGACAUGUAGAGCCAAAAUGAGCCCCCCCAGUUCCUGACUUUUUAGAAAUCUUUGCCACCCUUCUCUUCGAGGACUGACCCUACUCAUAGCUCCAGCUCUGCAGUUCAUCCUCCUGCCUAGAAAACAUUUAGCUCACUUCCAUUUUAGAGAGCAGAGCUGCCUGGUGCUGCUGGGAAUGAGCACCCCACAGCUGUCUUCCACUUCCCCAUAGAUGGUGUUUUUUGGUUACAUGGUCUUCAGCAUAGUGCUCGGGCUCCUGGCCGACAGAUAUGGACGCUGGAAGAUUCUGCUGCUCUCCUUCCUCUGGGGAGCCUAUUUCUCCCUGCUGACCUCGUUUGCCCCAUCCUACAUCUGGUUCGUCUUCCUGAGGACCAUGGUGGGAGGCGGCGUGUCAGGCCAUGCGCAGGGGCUUAUCAUAAAAACGGAAUUUUUACCUACCAAGUACCGAGGAUACAUGCUGCCCUUAUCCCAGGUGUUCUGGUUGGCAGGAUCCUUGUUAAUCAUUGGCCUGGCAUCAGUGGUGAACCCAACCAUCGGCUGGCGGUGGUUGAUCAGAAUCGCCUCCAUCCCUGGCAUCAUUCUCAUCCUGGUGUUCAAGUUCAUCCCUGAGUCAGCGCGGUACAACGUGUCCACAGGGAACACGGCGGCUGCCCUGGCCACGCUGAGGAGGAUAGCCGAGAUAAACCGGGCAGCGAUGCCCGAGGGGGUGCUGCAGGAGCCCCCCAAGGAAAGAAGAGGAAGGUUCAAGGACCUCAUCCAUCCCAAAUACCUAAGAACCACUCUGCAGAUAUGGAUCAUAUGGCUUGGCAUAGCUUUCGCUUAUUACGGAGUCAUCUUGGCCAGCGCUGAGCUGCUGGAGCGGGACCUGAGCUGCGGCUCCACAGCACCACUGUGGGAGGACCCCGGCCCCGUCUCGGAGGAGAGCCGCAGCCCCUGCCACUGCCGCCCGUUUGGCCCUUCUGCGUACCAGACCAUGAUCAUCAGCACUGCCGGGGAGAUCGCACUAAAUCCUGUGAACAUCCUCGGCAUCAACUUCCUCGGAAGACGCCUGAGCUUGUGUAUCACCAUGGGAUGUACGGCACUCUUCUUUCUUCUCCUUAAUAUCUGCACCUCGAGUGCAGGCAUGACUGGGUUUCUCUUCAUGCUUCGUGCCUUGGUUUCAGCAAACUUCAACACCAUCUACAUUUACACAGCAGAGGUUUAUCCCACUACGAUGAGAGCUCUGGGGAUGGGAACAAGUGGGUCAUUGUGCCGUGUUGGAGCUAUGGUGGCACCAUUUAUAUCACAAGUUCUUAUGAGUGCUUCUUUCCUUGGGGCCCUAUGUCUUUUCUCAUCUGUGUGCGUUGUGUGUGCAAUCUCCGCGUUUACACUGCCCAUUGAGACCAAGGGCAGGGCACUGCAGGUUUGUAUUGCCACUCCAGGAGUUCCUGUGUAGCUAAAGGCUAUUUAGAAACUAGUAGAUUUUGAUUCAGCCAGAAAGCACCCCAAAGUCUUCUGAGGGUUCAUAAGCCAAAAUAAGGACUGAGAGAGAAGCAGAGGAAGGUGCUGUCAUAGCAACUUAAAGCACUGUUACCCCACUUGCCUCAGCUCAUUUCUCGUGUAAGAACAAACAAGAAUGCCAGUCCUAACCCCAGCUCCCUCAUGGCAGCAUGUUAACCUAAAUUAGCGUAAGCACUUCUUUGUCCCAACUUGAAAUUGCUGUGCAUAUUCUGCUCUGCCUCUGUUGCAUGCAGAGAUAAUAGCAGAUGCAAGUAACACCUUAAACUACUAAAGCCACUUCUACAUCAAAUUCAAGUCAAAUGCCCCAGCAGCAUCAGCCCUUCACCCUAAACCCUUGUGACUAGUGUUUCCUAUAAAGCUUCAGAGGCAGACAGCCAAAACACUAAGCACAAAGAUUAAGAAGGAAUGUCAGUUAAAACUCAGACAGCCUCCCAUGCCCAAGUAGCACUGAUUUAAUUACUAGAGGUGGUGAGCAGUUCUGUGGUGACAGGCAAUUCAGCUGUACCAGCACGGAAAUUUUCAUAUCAUGCAAGAGGCAGGUCUGCAUCACAAUGCAUAUUUUCCUGCAGCCUUACCGUAUAUGCCAGAAGACCAUGGGCUAGGUAAUCCACAUUCUUUAGCAACCUAGGGCCAGACAGAUGUUUGGCCAAACUGCUUUAUGUGGGAUUCAGGACCAGACUUAAAUAUAUAUAUAUAUAUAUAUACACACACACAAACAUUAUAUGCAUACAGACAUGCACACUGAAUUUCAUUGGGUCACAUAUAAGGUUUCCCACAGGUGUGUGGGACAGUUAACCUUAGAGAUUUUGGAAAAGAAACAUAUUAAUCAUUGCCUGCCUCUUAAAAUGCAUGUCUUUUAGAAAUAUGGACUCAUGUUUUUAUGCUAUUUUAAAAUAUCUAUAUGAUAUUCUGUAAAUGGCUAGAAAAAAAUAUAAAAGCUUAAGAAGCUUUAAGUGAAAUUUAAUAAGAAGAAAUUUGAGUGGACAAAGCAGCUCAUUUUUCCCUUUUGGGUGAAAUUCAACCCCAUGCACAGAUGCCAGGGACCCACAAUCCCUCAACUGGUUGGAUUUACAAAAAUUACUAAGCAAACACUUCUUUAAAACUGCUUUAAACAUAAAAGGAAACCUCUGAUUCAGAUACAGAUAGAUUAAUUUUGGCUAGUAGUGGCUGAGAUAAAUGGGAAUGUAAUGAUUCCUUAAUGGGAGGGGCUCUUCCCCUGCAAAUGAAAUAGCAUUAUUACUUGCUACAAAUAAGAGUAAUAAGCUCCAGUUGCUGGUCUUCACAUGCACAAGUCAAAAGGACAUAAAUAUAAAAAUCUGUAGAUCUAGUUGCGUACUAUAAGAAGCCACCAUUAGAUCAUAUAUUCAGUUUGGUUAUUCUUCUCUAGAGGUCAUUUCAGAGAUUAUAUUUGUGUACAUAAUGUCAUUCAAGCAUUGCUGAAUCAUGACUAUUGAAUGUACUAAGGGCAGUCAUCUAACCCAUUCAAAAAUUUAAAUGCACAAUGUAAAAGCUCUUGAACAAGGCAAUAUUUAAUCCUAAAGUGCCAAACAACAGAUGUGUGUCUCAACACUAGGUCUAAGUGAAACAACUGAAUGAAACACAUGUAGGAAACUUUUUGUGGAAUCUGAACAAUGACAUUUAAGAAGCAUACUGUCCGUUGCCUGGAUGGAGACCAGUGAGGAGAGGUGUCCACCGAGGGUCCGUAUUGGGACUGGAACUGUUCAGUAUCUUCAUUGGUGACACAGGCAGUGGGAUUCAGUGCACCCUCAAGUGAGGCAAGUUUGACACCAAGCUGAGUGGUGCAGCUGAUACUGUAGAGGGAAGGGAUGCCAUCCAGAAGGACCUCAGAGGUGGGCCAGUGUGAAGCUCAUGAAGUUCAACAAAGCCAAGUGAAAGGCCCUGCACCUAGGUUGGGGCAAUCCCAAACAUCAGUACAGAGUGGGGGAUGAAUGGAUUGAGAGCAGCCCUGUGGAGAAGGACUUCGGGGUUCUGGGGGAUGAAAAGCCUGACAUGAACAGACAAUGUGUGCUUGCAGCCCAGAAAGCCAACGAUAUCCUGGGCUGCAUUGAAAGAAGUACGGCCAGCAGCAGGUCGAGGGAGGUGAUUCUGCCCAUCUUCUCUGUUCUCAUGAGACCCCACGCAGAGCACUGCGAUAGGUUCUUGGGACCCCAACAUAAGAAGGACAUGAAAGGAAGGCCACAAAAACAAUCAGAGGGCUGGAACACCUUUCCUAUCAAGAAAGACUGAGAGAGUUAGGGUUAUUUAGCCCAGAGAAGGGUUCAGGGUGAUGUUACUACCAGCAUGUGUAACGAUAAGACAAGUGGUAAUGGUUUUAAUCUGGAAGAGGGUAGAUUAGAUAUAAAGAAAAGUUGUUCAAUUGUUCACUGUGAGGGUGGCAAGGUACUGGAACAGGUUGCCCGGAGAAGUUGUGGAUGCCCCAUCCCUGGAGGUGUUCAAGGCCAGGUUGGAUGAGGCUUCAGGAAGAAGGUGUGUCCCUACCCAGAGCAGUCGUUGGAACUAGUUUAUCUUUAAAUUCCCUUCCACUCCAAACCAUUCCAUGAUUCUAUUCUGUAUCUGUCUCAGGUUAUUAGAACAGCAUCAGUCUACUUUCAAAAUAGCCAGGGGGAUUGCCUAUCAGAUGCAAGACCGUUAGGGCACAUAACCAAGUGGAUAUUAUUUUCUUCUGUAUCCAUUUUUGUUCAUUUUCAUGUGCAUUCUAUUAAUUUUUUCUUUUUGUUUUUCCCCUUUUCUAGCAAGUAAAAUGAAAGCAAGCAUUUGAUGGUGGAUA